AUGCCUCAAGAUUUAAGAGUCGUUCUGGAGGAGUGGAAAUGUCUGGAAGAAGAGUAUCAACAACUUCUGGAGACACACAGACUCUAUUUACUGAAAUUGGAGGAAAUUUCCAAACUGCAAAAAAACUGCUCUUCCUCCAUUUCAAGCCAGCGCAGCAAACUGAAGGAGGUGUCCCACCUCGUGAAAAAAUGCAGAAAAGGACCAUCAGAGGAAGAUGCCGAGACCUUGGAUAAAAUAACCGAGACGAUAAAGACUCGACCAAAUGCUUUCUUUGAGAUGGAAGCUUUCCUUCCCAAUAAAAACGGGUUAUACCUCAGUCUGGUUCUUGGCAAUGUGAAUGUCACUCUUCUCAGUAAGCAGUCAAAAUUUGCCUACAAAGAUGAAUACGAGAAGUUCAAGCUGUACCUCACAUUCAUCCUGCUGUUCUUCUCCUUCAUAUUCUAUUUCUUUGUGAGCUACAGAUUCCUUGAUGCAAUCCUCAAUUUCCUGCUGGUGUGGUACUACUGUACAUUAACAAUCAGGGAAAGUAUCCUCAUCGCCAACGGCUCCAGAAUCAAGGGCUGGUGGGUUUUCCAUCACUACAUCUCGGCUUUUUUGUCCGGUGUGAUGUUGACAUGGCCGGAUGGGAACCUGUACAAGACAUUCAGGAACCAGUUCCUUGCCUACUCCUUGUAUCAAAGUUUUGUUCAGUGUCUGCAGUGCUAUUAUCAGAACGGAUGUUUGUACAGGUUAAGAGCCCUGGGAGAAAGACACAACAUGGAUCUGACCGUGGAGGGAUUUCAGUCGUGGAUGUGGAAAGGGCUGACUUUUCUGUUGCCCUUCCUGUUUUUUGGUCAUUUCUGGCAGCUCUUCAAUAGCAUCUCUCUCUUCAGAAUGUCUCAGCUCCCGGAUUGUAAAGAAUGGCAGGUCUUGAUGUGUGGUCUCUGCUUCCUUAUUCUGUUCAUGGGGAACUUCUUCACCACUGUUGCUGUGGUCCGUCACAAGGUCAAGACCAGGAAUCCAAAACCAAAGAGUCUAUGA